CGUUUACCUAAAUACUUACUCUUUGUCAGAUAGCUUAAAUUGUCACACGAUGAGAAAAAGUUUACACAAUUUUAGGAUAAUUUUCUGUUAUAGGAUGUAUAAUUUGUAAAGAUUAUGCAUCUAACAGAUAAAUCACGUUUAAUUCUAUAAUUUCUCUCUUAGUAAAUGUUAAACUGUUUGAAUUAAAAGAGGUUAGAAACCGCAAGAAUAGUACACGUAUGCAGCAAACUGGUGUUUUUACGAUAUUAGGCCAAUUAGGCCAGAAAUGACGUGAGUUGAAAUCUUGAAUAGUUAGUGUGACAAGAUGUUGCCCCUCACCCAGAAGGAUACGAGACUCCCACGGGGACCUUUAGGCGGGAUACGUGAAAAGUUACAGAACUGGUUCAGACUUAUUUAUUCGGAUAAAAAUUCAAGGAAUCUUUUCUUGUUCUUAAUACUUAACUUAUCAUUUGCUUUUGUCGAGCUCUUUUAUGGGAUAUGGACUAACAGCUUAGGUCUUAUUUCUGAUGCAUUCCAUAUGUUCUUUGACUGCACGGGCCUGGUCGCAGGGCUUGCUGCAUCCCUUGUGUCCAAGUGGAGAGCAAAUGAGCGCUAUUCCUAUGGCUAUGCGAGAGCUGAAGUCCUAGCUGGUUUUGUAAAUGGCCUCUUCCUUUUGUUCAUUGCUUUCUUCAUAAUGAGUGAAGCUGUUGAAAGAGCUAUUGAACCACCAGAGGUGAAACAUGAACGUCUACUGUUGGUAUCGGUGCUCGGUUUCUUAGUGAACAUGGUGGGCAUAUACGCGUUCCAUCAUGGCCACGGACACGGCCACGGGCACUCGCACGGUGGCCAUGGCCACUCGCACAACCACGACCACGGCCAUGGCCAUUCCCACGACGACAUGGAAGCUCCCACCGGUGCGGGCUCCGCCAUCAUGCGAGGUGUGUUCCUCCACGUGCUAGCUGAUACACUCGGCUCCGUCGGUGUGAUCAUCUCCGCCAUACUAAUGCGCACGUUCGGCUGGAUGCGCGCUGACCCAAUCUGUUCUAUGGCGAUCGCGUUACUUAUCGCGGCGAGUGUGCUUCCCCUAGUGCGUGACUCUGCCGGUGUCCUCAUGCAACGGACUCCAACGUCGAUCGAGCGCGCUCUUCCCAACCUGUUCACGCGUGUGGUUGGGCUAGCGGGCGUGCACGCGGUGCAGGAGCCCCACUUCUGGACCCUGUGCAGUGACGUUCAUGUGGGUGCGAUCAAGCUGGAAGUAGCGCGCCAGGUGGACCCGCGUUACGUGACGGAGCAGGCCGGGAGAAUAUUCCGGGAGGCGGGCGUCAAACAUCUCACAGUGCAAUUGGACUAUUCCCCCCUUUGAUCCUGAUCAUAAGCUAACAGUCACAAAUGUACAGAUAUCCACAAAGUGGUGUGUUCUUGUUUGAGUCGUCAUUGGGUGUUGUAAUAAUAAGCGCGACAAGCAAGGUCUUUGUUAUGUCUGUGGUAAUAGAUAACUAUUACAUGUUUAACAAAAUACCAAUUUUGAUAUAUAGGGUAGUCACAAAAUUUUAAAGAAUAAUAUGUGGUCCUUCGAGCCGUAUUUUUGAUAAUGCAGUGAACGUUUGUAAACAAGACAAAUAAUAAACUCACAGUAUCAAAUAAUAAAAUUCAUGUUUAAAAGCUGAUCUGAAGUCAUACGAUCAAGCGAAUUAGCCGGUCAACCGGUUGUUGACGUUUGUUAUUGUGACAGUUGAUCUUCGAUUCAAACAAUUAAUUGUAUAUAAGGCAUGUAUUAUAAGAGCCCAUUAGUUCCCCCAAAUAGGACCGUUAGUGUGCAAAUUUUUUAUGCAAUGUUUUAAAAGUUUUUUAUAUAAAAAUGAAUUAUGCGUGCUAGAAAAUAAUUAGGGUAAAGAAAUUUCUAAAAGCUUGUUUCAAGCAGUUGUUUUAUGUUAAAUGUGAAUAUUAAGACGAGAUACUUUUCCAUUUUUAUUUUUUU